AUGGCUUCUCCCAUUGAGUUCUCCAACGGCCACCAUCCGCAGCUACAGUACAUUGACCUGGCGUUUGAUAACGAGUCCCUGGACGACUCGGCGCGCGAACUUGUCUACAGAAUCCAGCCAAAAUGGCGGGACAGCCCAGGCCAGAUUGAAAUUGUCAAAUUCACCGACGGCAUCACAAACACUCUGCUCAAGAUUGCAAAACACACUCCAGGCCUCUCUGAAGCUGAGAUUGACCGCGAAUCGAUCCUCCUCCGAGCCUAUGGCAAUCACACCGAGAUCAUCAUCGACCGUGAUCGAGAGGCCCGAUCACAUGCUUUGUGCGCAGAACGGGGAUUGGCCCCUCCCCUGUUGGCAAGAUUCAAGAACGGGCUCUUAUACAGAUUCAUCAUUGGCCAAGUCUGUACUCCCCGGGAUCUGAUCAGUGAGCCGAUAUGGCGUGCGGUCGCCCGGCGCUUAGGUGAGUGGCAUGCGCGCCUGCCCAUUGCCGCCGUGGUGGGAGAGGACAAGAAGGAGGUCUCCAAUGGCGUCAAUGGCCAUGAUGCGAGUGGUAGUCUUGCUUCGCGGCGGCCCGUACCAAAUAUCUGGUCAGUAAUGCAGAAAUGGGUCCAUGCUCUUCCCUGCGACACUCCGAAACAAGAGGCACGCAAGGAACUGCUCCAGAGAGAACUAGAUCGGUCGUUCCACGACCUGGACAACGAGCGAGGGCCCGGCUCGUCAGGCUUCGUCUUUGGACAUUGCGACCUGUUGAGUGCAAACGUUAUCAUGCUGCCAAGGGACUGUACCAGUAGUAAGACGGGUGGCUCGACGCAGGUCGCCUUUAUUGACUACGAAUAUGCCACGCCUUGUCCUGCCGCUUUCGAUAUUGCCAACCAUUUUGCCGAAUGGGGUGGCUAUGACUGUGAUUACAACAUGCUGCCCACCCGAUCCAUGCGCCGUCAGUUCCUCCAAGACUACCUCAGCUCGUACAAAGCCCACAGCGACACCCCGGUCCCCAACAACAUGCUGGAUGUUCUGUGCGAUGAAGUUGACCGAUACCGUGGCAUGCCUGGCUUCUACUGGGGAGUCUGGGCUCUGAUCCAGGCGACCAUUUCCGAGAUCGACUUUGACUAUGCUUCGUACGCUGAGGUCCGGCUGGGCGAGUAUUAUGCCUGGAGGGCGGAAGAGAAUGGGAGCCGAGUCCGACAGGGAAAUGAAAUGCCUCUCCGAGAAAGACGGUGGAUAGAGGAAUGA